CCAAACUUUCAAUUUUCAAGCUUUUCGAUGUUCUUGUUCUCCAAUCUCUGUCCGCUGGGUUCGCUCGUUUUCUGUUCGUUGUUUGUAACUCGCUAAAGGCAAAGAGAAUACAAACGCUACGAUAGGAUCGAAAUUCCCGAUGAAUAGAUCAUUCUCUCACGGUUAUUUUCGUCGCGAGUGAUGCAACUGCCUAAUAGUUAAUUCUAAAUUGUGUAUUAAGUUUAAUAAAUUUUUAGUUAACUUAAAUUCCCUAACAUGUGAUUAUGAAUGUAAAUAUUUAAAAAAAAAAUCGCACGAAAUGGACGUGAAAGGUUCUUAUUGUGGGUGUAAUGUGGCUGUGUGAUGUGAGCUUCAUUCUAGGCUGUAUAUUGUUUGAGGACAAAGUGUUUUUCAGCGUUUCUUUUGCACAUUUCAACGGAAUUCCAAAAAAUUCCCCUGCGGCGGCUCCGUGAAGAAAUCCACGAAUCGCUGAAUAUGACAUCACCAUCAUGACCAGAAUUCCCAAAUUGUGAUAAUACUUCAGGCCUAAGGGUUCCUUUCUCAAACGUUCCUUUAGACAUAAAAAUAUAUAUUACCAAAGCCUUUUUAUUUUAAUUAGUAAAAUUAGCUGAUCGACCCCUAACCAAAGUUAAACAUAAGAAUGGCCAAUCAAAUGCCAAUUUACAGUCAGGUUGUGCCAAAAAGCCAGUACAAGCCGAAGAGCUCGAAGGCACGUCAGAACCUCACGAAACCGGACUUCGAUCCUUUGAAUUGUAACAACGGCGGUAAUUUUGCGAACGCCGACGGGAAAAUCGAUAAGGAAAAGAAAGAGAAGAGGGAAGCCAGGAGGGAAGGGAAGAGAGUUAAGAAUGAGGGCAGCGAAGGAAAGGUGGAAGCUUACUUGAGGCAGUACCAGGUCAGCAUGAGGCAGCAGCAGCACCGCCAUUCGUCCGUCAGGCAGGCCGAACAUCGUGUUAAUCUCAGGUCUCUUCCUUUAAAUGAAGGUGUCACGUCCGUUCGCGGCCACGAACGCACGCCGACUGAACGCCACCGAGGCUUCCCAUGCGACAGAGAAGGCGGCAGGGAACAUCGUCGUGAGAGAGACAAAGACAGGGAUAGAGAUAAUUUUGAUGUGGACGGAGCACAGCUGAGUCCGUCGGCUCCUCGCGACAAGGACCCUCGUCCGAUGCGUAAGUCUUCGUCAUCGAAUCGCGUGCCCGAAGCCGCGACCUCGACCGACAAACGACGGUUCUUCUGCAGGGAGUGGGCGUUCCAGAAGAUCGCUCACUGCCUCGAACAGCGACCGGUCAGCAAGACUUGCGGCGUGCUGGUUCUCGGUAAUGCGGGCAGCGGAAAGACUGCACUUUGUCAAGAGCUUAGCGAGCCGGGUCAAGGUCCUCAAGCGAGGCAACAGAGGGCAUUGAACCGGAGAUUGCUGGCCAGGCAUUUCUUGCAGAGCAACACGGAGAGCAGCCUUCGUCCUGGUGAGUUCGUUCGGUCGCUGGCGAUGCAGAUCCUCAGCCAUUCGUCGCGGCGCGCGCUGCCCGGCGCCGGUGGGGACUCGCCCGACGACAGGAACAAUUCAGAAGAAGAACGUCUUAUCAGUCGUUUCCGGGAGCUGGGCGACGAGAACGAAGAAAGCUCUAAGCCUCUUCUAGCCGAUAGCGAAGGUGAUGUUUUUAGUAGCUCUAAGAAAGUUUAA